GAUAGAUAGAUAGAUAGAUAGAUAGAUAGAUAGAUAGAUAGAUAGAUAGAUAGAUAGAUAGAUAGAUAGAUAGAUGUCUUCAAAAAAAAGGAGGAGGAGUGCAGAAGAAGGAAAUAAGGAGUAGGAGGCAUGCAUGCAUGCGUGUGCGUGUGUGGACGGAAUUAUACUUCUCUUCACUGUGCUUCCCUUAUCCCACUUGGAAUACAAUGCCUGUCCCAGGAUUAGAAAUAUCUGACCAUCGGACAUCACCUCCCUGUUGAGAGCACACAGAGCUUGUUCCAGCAAUGGGCUGUAUAGGGUCCCGGACGAUCACUGCAGAGGCGGUCCCUGUUGGAAGGCGAGAUGGCGAACAGCAAGGACGGACAGAGCUCUCUUGGGAUGGCAUUAAUAUCUCCAUGGAGGACACAACAUCCAUCCUGCCCAGGCUGAAGAGAAACUCUAAUGCUUACGGGAUUGGUGCAUUGGCCAAGUCUUCAUUAUCAGUAGGUGUCUCUCGCAGCGUAAAAGACCAUAUCACAAAGCCCACUGCCAUGGCUCAAGGUCGGGUAGCCCAUAUGAUUGAAUGGCAGAGCUGGGGCAAGCCGUCAGCAGGACCUGCUGGGCGUUCAACAAAUCGGGAGCGUGACCGGAGACUUGAGAAUGACGCUUAUUCAGAUUUGAGCGAUGGUGAAAAGGAAGCACGCUUUGCAGCAGGCGUAAUGCAGCAGUUUGCCAUUUCAGAGGCGACACUCUUAGCAUGGACUUCAAUGGAUGGCGAGAGCAUGAGUGCUGGUUCAAACCAGGGAAGUGUGGCACACUUGAGUGAAGUCAACCAAGAGUCAGUUACAAGUCGAGAUCAAAUCUUGCAUCAUUCUGUAGAUGGCUGGCCUCAUACUUAUGUUUCGCAGGGGAUGUACUGUCUCAGCUCUUCAGAUGCCUGGGAACCCAUGAGUAAUGAACCAUCUGGCGUGGCUUCUCCAGCAACGGGCUCCUAUGUGGUUGGGGGUGUGCCUUCACAAGGUUAUGAUGAUGGUGCUGUUUACCUUGCACAGCAGCAGGCAUUUGAAACCCGGGUGAGCCUAAGUCAUUCUGCACAGCAGACACCCAACAGCACCAUCCACAGUCAACAGACUCCACUUACUCACACGCAGCUGGUUGACCUGUGGGGAGCGGCACCGGGAGGUGUUUACUAUGCAGAAGUUGGUGGUUAUGUGGGAGUAUCAGCAGAAGAAGGAAUUGCAUCAGUAGGAGAAGGACUCACAGUGGACAGUGCCCCUCUACUAGAGAAGCAAGAGCUGCAGGAUGAAGAAGAUGAUGCUCUGUGCAGAGAUAUGGAAUCUCUUUCUCCACCAAAAGAAGACGUAGCUGUCAGUAAUAAUAAUGGCAUUGCCAAUGGUGGCAACAAUGAGACAAUCCUGCCUCGCAAGAUCUCUGACGUUACCUCUUCUGGAGUACAGUCCUUUGACGAGGAAGAAGCUGAAGCUGCUAACAAUUGAGAGGAUGAGCGCAUUUCUGCACUGGCUAAAGAAGAAUAAAAAGUUUUUUUGUUUUUUUUUUCCUUUUGCUAAAAAGGAAGAGCAAAUAAGAGUGUACAAAGUGUAAAAAAUGUAACAAAGUGAAAAAAGAACAACUUCCACUUUUUACUGUGGGUGCCAAAAGCACCAACGCAUGCUUCACGCUGCUUAUGGGAAACAAUGGAACAGCAGAAUAAAAUGCAAUGACUGACAAGUGCAGUUUUCUUCUAUUGCCACAGGAUAUCUGUGAUAAAAUAUUUCCAGAAAAAUAUGAAAAUCCAGAAAAUGGAAAGUUUGGACAAGAAAUGCCUUUUCUUUGUCUUUUGUUACAGGAGCACUUUAAUUUUUAGCCAUUGACCAUAGCAAAAGAGAUGAUUUUAAGGAUCAAUGAAGGCAUUCUUGAAGGAAGCAGCUGACAACAGGAUCAUCAGCUCUUUGUUAAAAGGGAGGAAAAUAAGCUAGGAAAAGGGGGAAAAAGGGAAGGUAGAAUUUUUUAACCUUAGUAAACUGAUUUUACCAUAAACUAUCACAGAUAACACUUUCUUUGACAAAUUUAAUUUUUUUAACUCUACUUUGAUUUCAUUCACAAAGCUGAUUUUUUUUUUUACCUAUGAAGGGCAAGAAUGAUGUCUGGAGUUUUGCUUUCACAAGGGCUUUAUUUGAGCUGGAUGAGAAGUCUGGCAUAGUCUAUGAAAUAGCAGGGAUUGAAAUUUAAGCUAUGCUCGCGUUUUCCGUAUAGGUUUGGUGAGAAUAGGAUAGAAUCCCAGAAACGCAGAAUGGAGGUUGUCUUGCUCUUGCAAUAGUAAUCAUGGUAAAGCAAUAGAGUGAGAGAAAAAGGGAGCGGGCUCUUUUGUGUGACAAGUAAUUAGCUGCUGGUUGUUUAUUGGUGAAUUUCAAAUGUCACUGUCAGAUGAUUCAUCAAAUUUUCAGGCAAGAAAUGAAAAAGAACUGAGACUUUGCCCGUGUGCACCCUAGAAAAUGAAACAGAAUGCCUACUGAAAAGCCUUCAUUUAAUACAAACUAUAUUUUCCAAACACAGGGCACAAUAGCGAAGAAGAAGAAUGGAAACACGUUUCUUCAUGGACAGUACAAAAUUCAAAGCCAUCCUAUUUUCCUUGGUUGAUUAUGAGAACUUUCAAAAUCUGCUCACAUGACAAAUUGCUAUUUGAGCAACAUCUGUGUUGAUAUUUGUCCUCCUCAAAUUUGGCUGUCAUUGUUCAGCAUUGAAGAAAGUAAUAUGACCCAUCAUCUGUUCAACUACAAUAGGAAUAUCAUAGAGCAUUUAUCUCCCACUUUCCUUUCUUUCUCUCUGUUCCCCUGCUAUCAGCCACUGAAUGGCGCAAAGGAUGCUCUUGUCUUCCUUAAUGUUGCUCACCUAAAACUUCUACAUUUCCAAAAAAGAAAUACUUCCCAGCAGUGAUUGGACAUGGGGACUUUGGUCAACUGCUUUAUAAUUUUGGGAAUAAUGGCAUGCUUCCAUAUGUUCCUUUUAAAUCUACUGCAUGUCCCAAAGCUCUUAUGAUACUUUGUUAAUUGUGUGAUUGCUUGGACUUUGUGGGCAGCUAAAAAGUAAAAGUUUUAAUCCAGGAUUUAGUUGCCAAUUCACUGUUAGCUGUACAGUAUUCAUUUUUAGAUAUAAUGUGCUAAACCACAGAGUAAUUAUUGCAGAUUUUUGGAAACCUUAUAUUCAUUUUGGCCCUUUAACUGCUAAAUAUACUAAAUGAAGACCACCGAAAGGAUAAUCACACUCUUCCAAUAAGUACAGAGCUAUGCCAAAAUGCUUAAAUCAAACACAGCACUGGACAGGGCAUUUUUUUGUCUUAUCUUUCCUUGCAUCUUACCUAUGCCUUAAGAGAGUCCAGUAACGUUCCAACAGUUGUGAAUGUAUACUGUUUAAAAGUCAGUGACUACAUAUAUUUACUCUCUCAUUUUUUUCUGGAUUUAAACCAAAUACUUGUUUUGGGUAGAGGCAAGGGAAAUGUAAUGCUGAAAGAGAAAUGUCCUUUACGAAUGUAAUCAUUUAUUAGUUUUAUUUAAAUGUAAAUCUUUACUUUUGCAUGAAUGAGAUACUCAAGUAACAGGAGCUAAAAAAAUGGUCUCCGACAUUGGGAUUUUCAUCCUUUUAUUUACAUAAAAAGAAACUGAAGCUUGAAUCCUGGCUUAUAUUAAAUCUGUUUCAGUUGGUUAUACUUUUAAAGUAACUUCUCAAAACUUUGAACAGAAUCGAAAAUCUAAAAACAGAGUGCUGUCUAAAUGUGACAUAAUGCUUUCUAUUUUUCAAAGAAGAGAAUUGUGUUACUUUUCAAACUGAAAGAAACAUGCUUUAUAUAGAAAGAAUUGUUUUUCUCUCUCCCUGUCACUUCCUGACAUAUAUACUAUUAUACUGAUAUUAAUAUUAUGCAAUGGAUAUUUGAAUCCAGUGUUUCAUUCAGGCACAGUUUUGAAACUUUGUGAAAAAUUUCAUAUAAUAAUAAUUAGAAAGGUUAACUAAAUCUUUAUUGAAGAUUACUAAAUCUAAUCUAUCUAUCUAUCUAUCUAUCUAUCUAUCUAUCUAUCUAUCUAUCUAUCUAUCUAUCUAUCUAUCUAUCUAUCUAUCUUCACCACUAAUGCUAUUGUCAGACAAAUUAAAUGUUUCUGUAUCACUUGAUGCACCCUUGAGGACAAAUCUCUUGUUUCUGUUUUUGUUACUGGGCCUGUGGAAGGGGACACAAUUAAAGUGCAAUGAUAAUCUAUCACAAAUGUUGUUAUUAUGCCUUAGUAUUUUCUUUUGUAUUUUGUCAUUCAAGGAAAGAUUGUUAAUGUUUAAUCAAUUGGCUUACAUGAGCAGGAACCCCAUGAUUAUGUAUGUUAUUAGGAAGUAACAUAUUCAUUAUAUCUGUGUGUGGUACAAUCUAUAUAUAUAUUUUAAAUGA